GGAGAACCUUAGGAACAUAGAUGCUCAAGUUCCUUACGGAUCUGAGAUUGCAUAGGCUCCUUAGCUAUUCCAAAGUCUCUUCUAGUGGCAGCAUUUUCUGUUCUUUGUUUUGAAAUCCCUCCCAGCUCUGCCAUUCUGUGUACUAAGGGCCCUCCCAGCUCUGUUCUGAGGUCUCUCUCAGCCACUUUCUACCCUACUUCACUGACUCUUACUCGGUGUCUUGUGAGUUAGCUGACUUUGACCCUACGAAACAGUAUACCCAUGUACCUUCAGCUUAUCUUUCUGCACACUGUUCCCAACUGUUUUCAUCUUUCACUGGUACUGUUUCAGAGGCAGUUGGCCUGCCUUCUGGGCUGAGUUUUCAGUUUGACCUUGAGUCCCCCAACCAUGGAGCCUGUAGAAUCUGGAAGUACUGCGGAUGAGGAGGAGGAGCGAGUGAUGGAGCAAAGACCUCGGACCCGAUCCAACCCAGAGGGAGCUGAAGACCGAGCCCUAAGUGCCCAAGCCAGUGUGGGGAACCGGAGUGAAGGGGAGGGUGAGGCAGCCAGUGCUGAUGACAGCCCACAGAACCCACCUAGCAUCAAUGGGAAAUCUUGGCAGGUGCCACCACAGACUCCAGAAUUUCAGGUCCGGACUCCCAGGGUCAAUUGCCCAGAGAAGGUGAUUAUAUGCCUGGACCUGUCAGAGGAAAUGUCUUUGCCAAAACUGGAGUCAUUUAAUGGCUCAAAAACCAAUGCCCUGAAUGUGUCCCAGAAGAUGAUUGAGAUGUUUGUUCGGACAAAACACAAGAUUGACAAGUGCCACGAGUUUGCCCUGGUGGUGGUAAACGACGACACCACUUGGCUCUCAGGCUUGACCUCUGACCCCAGGGAACUGUGCAGCUGCCUCUACGACCUCGAAACUGCUACCUGCAUGGCCUUCAACUUAGACAGCCUGUUCAACCUUAUACAGCAAAAGAUUGAGCUUCCAGUCACAGAGAAUGUCCAGACCAUCCCACCACCAUAUGUAGUGCGGACCAUCUUGGUGUAUAGUCGUCCAGCCUGCCAGGCCCAGUUUGCCAUGAUGGAACCCAUAAAGAAAAUGCUUCAGUGUCCAUAUUUCUUUUUUGAUGUGGUAUAUAUACACAAUGGCACUGAGGAAAAAGAAGAGGAGACCAGCUGGAAGGACACAUAUGCCCUCUUUGGAGGCUUGGAUUCCAAAGGCACCAGCUACAAAUAUGAGGUUUCGCUAACAGGGCCAGCUGUGGAACUGCAUAACUGCAUGGCCAAGCUGCUGGCCCACCCGUUGCAAAGACCUUUCCAGACACAUGCCUCUUACAGCCUCCUAGAGGAAGAAGAGCCAGCUGAAAUGGAAGCCACCGUUUAAGGCCUGCCUCAAGCCUCCAGGCUCUUCCAUCUCCUCCUUUGCCUGGGAUAGGCCUUGGAGAAGGGUCCUCGAGAACAGUGGAGAUGAUGGCUUUUGGGGGAGGUCCAAUCAAUGACUGCUCUGGGGUACAUGGGCCUGUCUUGCCACAAUGCUAAAUGCAACCUGUGGGCCUUGUGAUACGUAUUUUGACUAUUAAACUGUCAGUAUCAUGUUC